AGAAAUAAAAAAAGAAUACAAUAACUAAUGAUAGUAACAGAUUCUAAAUUCAAAGAGUCAAUCUAGUAUCUACUGAGAAUCUACUCUAGAUCUACAUCUAGUUAAGUAGUUUCUCUAGCUCUCUCUAGUGACAGUCUAGUCAGUGACAGGUCUAUUAGUUAUUAGAGUUGAGCACAUCUGAAUCUGAUCUCAAAUUUCCAAGACAAAGGCUAAAUUCUUCAACUAGAUCUAAAUCUACUUCAUUGGACUUCAAGACAGUCACAGUCACUAAGACCAAGUGUUAGAAACAGAUCAAUGAAUGAAUACCUUACUGAUAUGUUUGGUUCAGAUGACAGUUUUUGUGAGAAAGAAAUCUCUCGCAUUAGCUAUCAGAAUGGACAGAAUGUGAUGGAGGAGCUCCCAGCCAACCUUCCCCCUGAGGAGGAGGAAGGAAAUGUUGAAUACAAGCUGAAGCUGGUCAAGCCCUCAGACUUCCGAAUGGAACAUCUUGUAACUCAGAUGAAAUGGAGGCUAGAAGAAGGACAAGGGGAGGCAAUUUAUGAAAUCGGUGUCGAAGACAACGGUUUUUUGACUGGUCUUUCUGAUACUGAAAUGGACGCAUCCCUCUCAACUCUGAAAAAAAUGGCUGAUAGGCUGGGUGCAUCCAUUGAAGUCCUGCGUGAAAAAGUGACAGAAGUAGGGGAGAGGAAGAGGGCAAUGGAAGUUUUGGUUCGGAAAGUACCAGACGACCAACAGUUCAUUGACCUGAAGCUUGCUGUCCUGGGGAAUGUUGACGUCGGAAAAAGCACCAUACUUGGCGUGCUCACACAGGGGGAAUUAGACAAUGGGAGGGGGAGGGCUCGAUUGAAUCUCUUCAGACAUUUGCAUGAAAUUCAGACAGGAAGAACCUCAAGUAUCAGCUAUGAGAUUCUGGGAUUUGAUGGAAAUGGACAGGUUGUUAACUACAGUGCUUGCCGCAGCAUUGAAGAAAUAUGUGAGAGAUCCAGCAAAUUGAUAACAUUAAUAGACCUUGCUGGGCAUCACAAGUAUCUUAAAACUACAAUCUUUGGACUGACUGGAAAUUGCCCUGACUUUGCUAUGCUGGUCGUCAGUGCUAACACUGGCAUAGCGGGCACUACAAAGGAACAUCUUGGUUAUGCCUUAGCCCUGAAAGUGCCAGUGUUUGUUGUGGUGAACAAGAUUGACAUGUGUCGUCGUGCAGUCCUCGACAGGACUCUGAAUCAACUGGAACAGAUACUCAAGUCACCAGGUGUAAAGAAAGUCCCAUUCCGGAUAGAAAAUUCAGACGAUGUUUUAACUGCUGCAGGGAACUUACUUGCAAAUAAUAUUACUCCAAUCUUCACAGUGUCCAGUGUCACUGGAGAUAACCUAGAUCUACUUAAACAGUUUUUGAACAUUCUACCGCCAGUGACCCCGAGCUGUGAAAGAGAGAAACGAGUUCAGGACAUGACAGAGUUUCAAAUAGAUGAACUUUUCAGUGUACCAGAUGUUGGUACUAUUGUUGGUGGUAUCAUUCAUAGAGGUUCAAUUCGCGAGGGAGACCAGCUUAUGCUUGGACCCAAUGACACAGGAAGCUACAGAGAGGUAAAGGUCAAAACUGUCCACAGAAACCGUCUUCCCUGUCGACUGAUACAGGCAGGCCAGGCAGCAUGUGUAGCUCUUAUGGAUGUGGAGAGAAAGGAUAUCAGGAAGGGCAUGGUUCUAGUUAGUCCUCAGUCUCCAAUAGUUUGUUGUAAAGAAUUUGAAGCUGAUAUAUAUGUACUAUUUCAUAGUAAAAGCAUUACCAAAAACUUUCAGACUACAAUCCACAUUGGUACAGUCAGACAAACUGGGACAAUCAUUCAAAUAGACAGAGAUCACAUAAAAACGAAUGAGAAAGCCAGAGUCACUUUUAUGUUCAAGUAUAAACCAGAACAUAUACGAGUUGGAGCAAGACUACUCUUUAGAGAAGGGAGAUCCAAAGGCAUGGGGGAGGUCACAAGAAUCAUCCCAUUUGAUGAAGAUAUUCACAGAUGAACUGAUGUGGGGAGAACUUUGUCGACUGUAGUGACUUUCUCUUACCUUUUUGUUUCCAACCCAGUGAAUGUGUGAAGUAGUCAGGCCAGAUAGGAUUGGUUCAACUACUAGAGAUCACUAUUUAUAUCCAAACCUGUGAUAUUAUCAUCAAUAUAAUGUGGAGUUAACUUCCUUCUCAUGACAUUCUUCUAAGAAAGAAAAGCAACAUAAAACUAAACCAACAAGGUAAAAAUUUAUUGUAAACAUUUACAUGUUUUUCCUUUAUAAGCUGCUCUGGAUGGUAUGGAAAGCACUUUUCAAUUUGUACUGUUUAAUAACUGAGCCAGCCUUAAGUGAUUUUUCAAUAAAGAAAACUUAACUCUUUGACUCCGGAAUUAUUUUCCACAUGCAUUACUAAAUCAAUGUAUCUGCAUAUCUUAGUUUUAUAUCGUGAAGUGCUGCACUCUUCCUUAAUCUUCAGACUUGAAGACAACCUUUUCCUAGUGAAACCACCCUUACAAAUUUUAAUAUGUAUUUCAUAAUAAGGUGAUUUGUGUAAGAACUUUAAAGUCCUUAUGGAAAACAUAUACAUCUCUGUGUAAUCCAGCUCAGAGUGUUCAGUCCAUGUCAAUUUACUGGGACAGAAUAUCAUUUACCUUUCUCUUGUACAAGUUUUUUUAGAUGAUUCCGAAAUCUGAGAUAAAUUUUAUCAUAGCAUUUUUCUGCUUUAAAAGGUUAAUAAAAGCAAAUUGAAUAAAAAAUAAAUUAUUUUGCAUACUAUUAAUAAAUAUAUCUAGGGAGCUGCAUGUUUAUGAGAAUUGCAAUCGCAAAAUAAAAACCUUAUCCUUAUUUGUGAAGGUUUUAUGUAAUUCACUUGAAAGUAUCAAAGAUUGUACAUUUACUAUUCUGUUUUUUUUCUUCUUCUUGUUAAAACUUUUAUGGAAUUUUCAAUUUUUUCUUGUCAAAUAUCUUGAACAAAUUAUUUUUAUAAGGCUGUGGGCACAAGACAUACCAGUGGAAUUUUACUCAUGUUAUUAUGGAAUGUUUACUUUCUUCCAAAAGUUAUUGAGAACCUUCUCACCAAUCUUGAUCUUUAAACAUGAUUGAAUUAAAACUCUUGUCUUUCUAGUUAUAGUUUUUAAAAAGUAACUUUGUUUUACUGUUGUUUUUUUUCUUCUUGUUGAAGAUAAGGCACUGACCUGUGUAGAAUGGUUUAAACUUAAUAGUGAAUUUUGAUAGGCAUUUCCUAUUACUAACUUCUGUCAAAAGUAAUGGUUAGUCACACAGAUGGAAAGAUAACUAAAUGAUUUUUAAAAUGAUAUAUUUUUAAAAAGUUCCUUGAAAAUCAAACAAUUAAUCAAAUAGCCGGAUAAUUAGAAAGCAUUUUGAGUUAUAUUAUUACAUAAAAUAUUUUACCAAAUAGGUUUUAGUAGAUAUCUUACAAUCAUUAGUCUUAAAAUAUAAAUAUUAUUUAGGUAAUUCACUGUGAUUGCGUUCUGGGUUUUUAUAAAGUUGAGUAUCCAAGUAAUUGUGAAAUUUCUGUGUUGAGUUACAUCUUAUGCUACACAAACUCAUCUCUAUUUUAUUGAGCUUAUAGUUGAAAUACUGCUAAUGAAAGCCACUUUUCUAAUUGCCUAUACAAAAUUAAUUAAGUCAAUGUUUUCAGUUUCAAAGAAAUGGUUGUCAGACUUUAUAUUUUUUAAUAAUGAUGUGAAGUUGACUUAAGUGUCCAUUUAGUUUUCUUUCAUCCUAGACACUAUACUAGUGUUUUAUAUUUCUCUGUAAUUAGAUCUAUUUCUGUCUUGUAAAUAAUAGCUGUAUGCACUCUAUUUGUACAUGUUGCUUUGAAACCAUGAUGUUGACAAAUAUUGAAAGAACAUCAAACAUUUUCUUUUACAGUUUGAUAAUAGCAUAUUACUCCAUGAUUCUAUCUGGUGAAUGUUUUUAACUAUAGGAGAAUUGUUUAUUUAUGUAAAAAUGUAUAGUGUGUGUAUAAAUCUUUCUGUGUGCUAUAUUUAGCUUUGAUACAUUUAGAUGUGAAUUCUAUGUAAUGCAUUUUUUACUUCUCUUGAAACAUUUUUAAAACUACAUUUCCCAAAACAUUUUUAAAACAUUUCCCAAACAUUUUUAAAACUACAUUUCCCAAACAUUUUAAAAACUACAUUUCCCAAACAUUUUAAAAACUACAUUUUCCAAAACAUUUUAAAAACUACAUUUCCCAAAACAUUUUUAAAACUACAUUUCCCAAACAUUUUUAAAACAUUAACCAAACAUUUUUAAAACUACAUUUCCCAAACAUUUUUAAAACUACAUUUCCCAAACAUUUUUAGUUUAAGUUUUUCUUGUUUUAUCCAUUUAUUUUGAAUGACAAUAAAAACAAAAUGAGCUUUUAAAAAGUUGUUUUGUUGUGUCUGCUAUGUUUAUGAAACAAUUUUAAUUCUAUUUUUUGGAUGGUUUUUCUUUUGUUUGACUGCUAAUAAAGAAUUGCUAACUUCCUCUAUCUUCCCUUUAAAUUGAUAAUUAUUAGAUUAUGAAGGCGUUGUAAAAUAAGUUUUUAGUCAUUGAUGAAAAAAACAGGUUUGAGGCUUACACGUGUGAUGAAUUGAACUAGAGUCAAAGUUAUAUUUACAGAAAUAAAUAAAGGAUUUAGUUCUAUAAA